AUGGCUUCUGUGUUGCUACUGUUUCUAGUGUUUGUGUUUGAUCUCACAGCUUUUGGUCUUGCCGUUGCUGCCGAACAGAGAAGAACCACCUGGCAAGUUAUUAAUGAAUCAGGAGAUUCAAGCUACUGUGUGUAUGAGAAAGAUAUAGCAACUGGUCUCGGAAUAGGUUCUUUCUUGCUUAUAGUGGCAAGUAGUCAGCUCUUCAUAAUGGUGGCGAGCCGAUGCUUAGCACCAAGUGGGUCUAGAUCCUAUGCUAUUGUUCUUUUCAUCACCACCUGGUUUUUCUUCUUCAUAGCAGAGGUGUGUUUACUUGCGGGAUCUGUGCGAAACGCUUACCACACAAAGUACCAUGUCUACUUUGGGAACACUGCUCCUUCUUGUCGAUCUUUAAGGAAAGGCGUGUUUGGGGCUGGAGCUGCGUUCAUAACAGGGAUUGUCUCCGAGCUUUACUACGUGUGCUUGACAAGGGCCAAAGACUAUUAUGAGGUUCCUAGAGAUCCGAGUAUUCGAAUGAGUAGCUUGUAA